AUGACAACCAAAGUUUGCCAGAAUAAUGGCGGACUAGUACCAAACCAAGAUGAUAAAAAGCCCUACCUUCUUCAAUUACCGGAUCACAUAAUAGCGGAGAUCUUGUGCAAACUUCCAACCAAAACGCUCGUUCAAUGCCAGCUUGUGUGCAGGUCUUGGCGCUGUUACCCCCACUUGUCUAGAGACCUGUUUUCACGAACACCCACAUGCCUUUUGCUCUACGACUGGAGCCCGCGCUGCAGAUUGUUCACACUGGUAGACCUCAAGAACAACUUAAUUCAAGAUGCCGUAAUGAAGUUUCGUAGUGAUGGAAAUCCCACAUACAAUCAGCCAUAUGUAACUGUUGUGGGUUCAUGCAAUGGCUUCCUUUUUCUAUACGAUUUUGCCUGGGGUUUAUUUGAUAGGACGGGUUUUCGUUUUUACAUAUCCAAUCCUUUGACCGGUGAGUCUUUAUCUCUUCCACCUACUGAUACUGGUGAACAGGAUGAUGAUAUUGAAGGUUUUGGUUUUGGUUUUGGAUUUAGUCCUAUCAGUAAUGCCUAUAAAGUACUUCUGUUUGUGCCUGUAAUCCAUGAACCUGACAAAGUGGAGGUAAAGGUUUUGACUCUUGGCUCGUGGAUUUGGAGAAGCAUUGGGAAUUAUGUGUUCUCAUCUCUUCGUGAUCAAUCACGUUAUCGCGAGAUUUAUCUCAAUGGUUUUCUUCACUGGAUUGGUGGCUCUAUUGAGGGCUCUGGUAUAAUUGCCUUUGACGUUGAGAGGGAGUGUUUUCAAGAGUUACCCCUGCCACCUUCUUGUUUAAGUUUAAAUGUAAGCGUCACUUUAGACCUCGGAGUCUUGAAAGGUUGCCUGUCUGUAACAGUUAGCUCUGGUACCAAACUCAUUGUUUGGGCGAUGAAGGAUUAUGGCUGUAAUGAGUCUUGGACCAAAGACUUGGAAAUAAGCGGCACUGAUCUGUUUGAUAAACAAGUGAUGGAAUACACAGAAGAGGGGAAAGCGUUAUUGUUAGAUAGACGUAGACUUCAGGUGUAUACUCCUGGAAGAGAGGGUCUUGAGAUGCUCGUGGUAGAUGGGAGACAGCAUUCAAUUAUAACGUCAAAAUUUCCUUACAUUCCAAGCUUGGUCUCAAUUAGAGAUAUCACCGGGUAA